UUCUGAUUUGGUAGUGUUUUACACCCACUUUGCACUGGAGUAAAUGAUGACACAAAGUGCAGGGGAUAGAGAAUCAGGCCCAGAGAGUUUCAGAGGAUAGAAAUAAAUCACUGAGAUACACUAUUGUCCUGCCAGACUCGGGGAGAGAGAGGGACUUAGACAAGUGGCUAUUCAGCUCCUCCUUAUUCUAGCCUCACUGAUCCAUCACAAAGACUGAACAGAGGCAAAAGCAUAGAGACUGCUCUGGUCACAGCAACACUCCUGUUACAGACUAGGCUCUGCCACUGGGUUUGGGAUGAAUUGGUAAAAUUGUGAUUGAGAAUCCUAGGAGGGACGGUAUGGCAAAGACCUAUUAGAUCAGCGGAUUCAUGCCUCAGCCAAUGCAGGAUUGUUCCCUGACCAGGACAUGGUGUGUUUGUGGCAGGCAGUGGCAUCAGCCGAGAGAGGAGCGGAGCAUUGAUUAAGAGAGCAAGGGGGGAUGGGAGAGUGUCUUACACACACAUUAUCCACAUGCACACAGCAUCAGCCUCAACAGCUUCUGCCAGCCAGUACAGCACAGCCAGACUGCAAUCACUGCCUCGGUACCUCCAGAGCUGCUCUCCUCCUCCUCCUCCUCCUCCUCCUCCUCUCCCCUGGUCUGUCUUUCUCUCCCUCGCUCACUCUCACUGAGCUCCCCAUCAGCCCCUGCAGGACCCGUCCGCUCGCCAUUUGGGCCCCACCAGCACGGAGACAAUGAAUUCAUGCGGAUUAUGCAUCUGAAGGAAUAACAAGCUUCUGAAUAGCCACAAGGGGAGGUAUCCAUGUGUUUGGCAGGGAUACAGACGCCUGCUCGCUUGCUCGCUCUCUUUCUCAAUCGCUCUUCUCUCCCUUCAGCUGCCUCCUUUCCAGCUAUGAUCUUCUUUGAUUUCCCUGAGCAGCUGCAGUGAACAGGCUCCUUGGUGCAGCCCAGAUCCCACAGGAUCGCACCUUCCCUCCUAAGAUACUUGAGGGGUUAGGAUUAUUUUUAUUUCUCUCCCUCUUUUUCCGGUUUUCCUCCACCUGCCAGUCUCUGUGACUCUCACAUCCUUCCGUGCAUGCGUCUCCCUCGCUCCCUUCUUCUCAUCCAGACGGCGAGAGGUGGAGGGAGGUCCACCCUAGUGCAAGGACCUGUCUUCUUUGCUGCUGGGACCAGCCCUACAGGAGCAGUGUGGACCCAGCCCUGGACGCUGACCCUGCCUUCAGAGUGGCCCGCUCUGUAUCUCAGCCCUGACUAUGAUGGACCUGAAAGUGGACGAGGAGGAGGUGGAGAAUGGCCAUCCAGUCAGUAUCCAGGCCUUUGCCAGUAGUUCCACUCUGCAUGGCCUGUCCCACAUCAUCUCCUAUGAGAGGUUCUCCUUCAAGCGCAUCCUCUGGACUCUCUGCUUCCUGGGCUCUGUGGCCCUGUUGGCCUAUGUCUGCACGGAGAGGAUCCAAUACUACUUCCUCUACCCUCAUGUCACCAAGCUGGAUGAAGUGGCCACAACCAGGUUGACCUUCCCUGCUGUCACUUUCUGCAACCUCAAUGAAUUCCGCUUCAGCCGUGUAACAAAGAAUGACCUGUACCAUGCUGGGGAGCUCCUCGCUCUGCUCAAUAACAGGUAUGAGAUCCCAGACACCCAGAUGGCUGAUGAGAAGCAGCUGGAGAUCCUACACGAUAAGGCCAACUUCCGAAACUUCAAGCCAAAGCCCUUCAACAUGCUGGAGUUUUAUGAUCGGGCUGGCCAUGAUAUCCGGGAGAUGCUGCUGUCCUGCUUCUUCCGUGGAAUGGAAUGCAACCCAGAGGACUUCAAAGUGGUCUUCACACGCUAUGGCAAGUGUUACACAUUCAACUCCGGACAGGAUGGGAAGCCCCGGCGCAUCACCAUGAAGGGUGGCACCGGCAAUGGCCUGGAGAUCAUGCUGAACAUUCAGCAAGACGAGUACCUGCCUGUCUGGGGGGAGACAGGCGAUGCCCCCUAUUGCACCCCCGAGCAGUACAAGGAGUGCGCGGACCCGGCCUUAGAUUUCCUGCUGGAGAAGGACAACGAUUACUGUGUCUGUGAGAUGCCCUGCAACGUCACCCGCUUUGGCAAGGAGCUAUCCAUGGUGAAAAUCCCCAGCAAGGCCUCAGCCAAGUACCUGGCCAAGAAAUACAACAAGUCGGAGCAGUACAUCGGGGAGAACUUUCUGGUGCUGGAUAUCUUCUUUGAAGCCCUGAACUAUGAGACAAUUGAGCAGAAGAAGGCCUACGAGGUGGCUGGCUUGCUGGGCGACAUUGGUGGGCAGAUGGGGCUGUUCAUUGGGGCCAGCAUCCUGACCGUGCUGGAGCUGUUCGAUUAUGCCUAUGAGGUCAUAAAGUACAAGCUGUGUCGCCGGGCCAAGUGCCAAAAGAAUCACAAAAGGAACAACACAGACAAGGGCGUCGCCCUGAGCAUGGACGAUGUGAAACGCCAUAAUCCCUGCGAGAGCCUAAGGGGCCACCCAGCCGGGAUGACAUAUGCAGCCAACAUCCUACCUCAUCACCCGGCCCGGGGCACGUUUGAGGACUUCACCUGCUAACUGACGUCCAGAUGUACAACGUACACUACCAAAGCCCUCCGGAGAGCGGCCCCUGUCCCUGGGGGGCGUCCGUGGAGGGGACACACCUAGGGGCCCUUGCUCCUCGCCACAGUGGGACAUUAACAAGAGUGAUGGCCUCAGGUUUAGGCCCAGGUGGCAGGCAUUUGGGUUGGUUUCUGACCCUGGAUACAGACUCAGCGCCAGCUGCUCCCCCACACCCCCAUAGUUUAGAGACUUUUGGACAUUCCGGUCCCACCCCCACACACACAGCUCUGACUCUGCAGCCUGUGCUGGAGCUACACACGGACCGGGCUGGGCCACAGGACCUGGCCUGCUCCUCCUUGGCUCCUCAAUUUGUUUUUAACUAAAAAGAGGAAGGAGCCCAGAAGAAUCAGCUCUUUGGCUGCAGUCACACUGAGGGAAGUAACCCCUCUCCCAUGUUCCACAUUCCUGUCCAUUUACCUGGUUUCCAUGUCUAUCCCGCAUCCACACAUCGCACUGGAGAGAGACUUGGUGGGGGGGAGGGUUAUGAGUGAGCACGGGGAGGCCUGGUCCCUGCGCUCAGCUUGAGCCAGCUCUCCACAGAGCAGGGGAAUCUGUUAGUACUGGAGCAUCACCUCCACAAAGAUGGGAGCCCCCGGGGCCUGUCCUCUGAGCCAGGGGCCCCAUUGCUAUGGCAGCAUGUUUGCCUGGGCCCCUCUUUCAGCAUUUCACCCCCAGUGUGGAUGGGAGAGGCUGAUGGAGAGAGCUGGAUCCCAGAAGCUUCUGCUGUGUGUCUACACUGCAGGUGCACUGCAGCCGAUUCAGCAGCCACAGUCUUGCUCUGAACUUAGUCCCCUGCCCCUGGCACUGAGUCUCUGAGCAUGAUGGUCCCUGGGAGCCUUCCCUGGCUGUGGGUUCAGCUCAAGGGCAGAUGCCCCCAGGUCUCCCCUGGCUCCUGUCCCCUCCAACAUGACCACGAUUGGUGCUCUGUGGACUGAGCUGGGGUAAUGAUAGCCCCACCUGUGAUCAAGCACAGCCUUCUUCCUUCCUUCACCACCACCCUCCUCCACAUGCCUCACCCCCAGAGAAGUCUCCUGCCCAAACUCUCACAUCUGGAACCUACACAAUCCAGAGGCGUCCAGAAAGGCCCCUGUGUGUGGACAGCGCCAAAGACUGCAACUUGGGGUGGGGGAGGGGAAUGAGGCCCGUACAGUAGCCAUGCUGCAGGGUCAAGGAGGAUUUUCCAAAAACCCUAAGAGGCCUCAGCCUCCUUUUCCCCUAAGGCAGAAGCCUCAUAGCUAAUGGGGCACGUAAAGGGGAGAAUCCCCCUCAGGCCCAUAAGCCCCCGCUGUUGCACAGUCCUUUCCAGAUAAGCCUGCCAAGCCAGGCAGCUGGGGCUGGAUGUGCUAUGGGGAGCACUAGGGUCAGCAUGACAGGCAACGGAAAUGCUGAUGGAUGAAGCUCACACUGAUCGUGCUGCCACUUCCCAUGCAGGUGGGAUCGGCCAGGAAGGGGAGCCUGCCCAAGACAGCACACACUCCAGAGCUGCACUAUGAUAGUCAGACACAGGGGUUUUCUGGGGGGAGCCAUGCCUUUCCCAGGCCGGUCACAUGUCCUUCAGGCAGGUGCUGUCCCAGGAAAUGUAGGGCUUUGCAUUCCCAUCUGCCAUGGAGUCAGCCAGAAGCCAGGCAUCCUCUGGAACAGUCUGGCGCCAGGGAAGCCCGUGGCUCAGAGCUGGCUGCGGAAGCUGAUGCCCAUGGGCUGAGCUAACUUCCCACGGAAGGAGGCUUCCAGCAGGACAGAUCCUGUCCACACGAUCCUGCUUGUGCCCUCAGCUCUGCCAAUAUCAGCUGAGCCAAGCCCUCCACCAAGCAGAACCCUCUGGGGACUCACAGACACCCACCCUUUCGAAAUGACCCACAGACCCUCCCCCGCCCCCACAACUUCUCCAGAUGAAAUUCCCAAAUCACCGGCAGCUACUGAAAAUGGCAGGCCCUGGGCUUGGUUUUUCAGCGGUGCCUGUUGUUCACAGCCACCCUUGGCCCUUUGUGUCCCAGAGUCUCUGCUACUAGUGCCCAUAGGCUGGGCUGUGUGGGCGGAGCCAGCCCAGUCAUAGCCCCUCCAUGGGAUGCUGGUACAUAGAGGAGAGGAGCUGUGAGGUCAGUUUGACUUGUGUGUAACAAACCCAACCCCCUCCGCAGCCAGGCCAGGAACUCCAGAGCCAGACCUUGCCUGGGUUGCCUCCAUCCUUUUGUUCCACUGUCAGGGCCAGCCCCAGAAUUCUCGUGCCCACCCUGCACCCUCCACCAAGUGACAGCUCUGCAGGGCUGAAGUGCUACUUAGCUUAAAGAGCUUUUGCAAUGUCAUUUUUAUUAUUUUUCUAAUCUUUAUUUACUUUAUGAUUAUUAUUAUUUUACUUCCUGACCAAAAUUAGGAACCGGGGUCAGGCCUUUGUAUCUAGCACUUGCCCAAAGACAAACGGGUCAGACACGUCCAGAGAUUGUCUUAUGGCUCCUUAGUGCGGGUUCUUUUCUUUUCUUUCUUUCUUCCUUUCUUAUUUUCACUCUCGCGCUCUAAAGCUUUUAAAGAUGGGGCUUGGAUUUGGAUUUGACCUUGAUGCUUACCCGUUGAAACUUAUCAUUUUUUAUUUGUCUGUUUUUACUAUAUCAUCCUCAUUUUAUAUUUCUUAUAUAUAAUAUAUAAUAUAUAUUACUAUAUAUAUAUAUGUGUGUACAUAUAUAUAUAUCUGUAUGCGGCAUAUCAGUGUAGAUACCCAUCCAGUAGCAUUUAGGCCUUGAUAUUGUGCCAUUUUUCUGUUACCGAUCUCUGAAUGCCUUCAAGUGUAUAAAGUGUUGAAUUAUCUCUGGUAUCUGUACUAUGUACACACAUUUUCAUAGGAAGCACAAUAAGAUGACAAAUGCAUUGUAUAUCAAUACCUGCUACCCUUAACAAUGAUAUAAAGGAUACUAUAAAUGGAUGAGAUAGAG